GCCAUCUUGGGUCUGUGAGGCUCUUGAAGUGCCGGGGAGCGGCGGUGGCAGUCUGCAGGGCGAGGCCGGGCGGAAAGCGAGCGGAGAAGGGAAAGCAGCAGGGCGUGGGCGCCUCCUGUGCGGCCCCCUCCAUGGUCGGCGCCUGCAGGCCGCGGCGGCCUGUCUUUCGCUUCAUCUCCGCUACAUACUCCUGCGCCGCCGCCUCUUCUGGGGCUGCCGGCCGCCCUGUGUGGAACCCCCGGAGCUGAGUUCCGCGGCGCUGCGGCGGCGAGGAGGCGAGGGGCCCGCGAGGCGCCCUGAGGCUUGCGGCGGCCACCCGGCCCGCUCCCGCUGGGCUCCUCGCCGCGGCCGCCGGCGCUGGGGGAGAAUGAGCCCCGGGGCCCGCGGGCGCACGGCCCGGGCCAGGCCGGGGAUCUAGACUCCGGCCGGGGAGGGCAGGGCCCGGAGGCUCGCGGCCGUUGCUCGCCGGCCGCCCAGAGCUGGGCGGUUUUGUUUUCGCCUUGGCGUUGUGCAGAAUCAAAGCGCAGUAAGAUGUCCACUAGGACCCCUUUGCCAACGGUGAAUGAACGAGACACUGAAAACCACACUUCACAUGGAGACGGGAGGCAAGAAGUCACCUCCCGCACCGGGCGCUCUGGAGCUCGGUGUAGAAACUCAAUAGCUUCCUGUGCAGAUGAACAGCCUCACAUCGGAAACUACAGACUGUUGAAAACAAUCGGCAAGGGGAACUUUGCAAAAGUGAAAUUGGCGAGACACAUCCUCACAGGCAGAGAGGUUGCAAUAAAAAUAAUUGACAAAACUCAGUUGAAUCCAACAAGUCUACAAAAGCUCUUCAGAGAAGUAAGAAUAAUGAAGAUUUUAAAUCAUCCAAACAUAGUGAAGUUGUUCGAGGUCAUUGAAACGGAAAAAACACUCUACUUAAUCAUGGAAUAUGCAAGUGGAGGUGAAGUAUUUGACUAUUUGGUUGCACAUGGAAGAAUGAAGGAAAAAGAAGCAAGAGCUAAAUUUAGACAGAUUGUGUCUGCAGUACAGUAUUGCCACCAAAAACGGAUUGUUCACAGAGACCUCAAGGUGAGCCCAAAAUCCUUGCUAAGUCUUGGUAAAGGUGUACCUAGUGGUUCAUCUCUGGAGGACAGUUGUCCCAUAGUCAUACAGAGGUCUCCUGACACACGUGACCAACCUGGACAUGGCUGCCCGUGCCUAUGUAGGAAGAGUAAUGCAGCGUCUGGUGGGAUGACACGGCGAAACACUUACGUUUGCAGUGAGAGGUCUGCAACGGAUCGACACUCAGUGAUCCAGAAUGGCAAAGAAAACAGCCUGACAGAAGUGUUCGCUUAUGCAGCUAGCCCUGCCUCACUCUGUGCCACAUCUACCUGUCGGCUGAGACAUCAGAAGUCGAUGUCCAUGUCAGCCUCUGGGCACCCCAAGAUGAUGUUACCUCCAAUAGACAGUGAAGGAGAUAACUUCAAGGCUAUCACUAUUCCAGAUCAGAGAACUCCAGUUGCUUCCACCCAUAGUAUUAGCAGUGCGACCACUCCAGAUCGGAUUCGCUUUCCAAGGGGCACGGCCAGCCGUAGCACUUUCCACGGCCAGCCUCGGGAGCGGCGAACUGCAACAUACAAUGGCCCACCUGCCUCACCCAGCUUGUCCCACGAAGCCACACCACUGUCCCAGACUCGAAGCCGAGGUUCCACUAAUCUUUUUAGUAAACUAACUUCAAAACUCACAAGGAGGCUUCCAACUGAAUAUGAGAGGAACGGGAGAUAUGAGGGCUCAAGUCGCAAUGUGUCUUCGGAACAAAAGGAUGAAAACAAAGAGGCAAAACCUCGCUCCCUGCGCUUCACCUGGAGUAUGAAAACCACUAGUUCCAUGGAUCCCAGUGAUAUGAUGCGGGAGAUCCGCAAAGUGCUGGAUGCCAAUAACUGCGACUAUGAGCAGAGGGAACGCUUCCUGCUCUUCUGUGUCCAUGGCGACGGGCACGCAGAGAACCUGGUGCAGUGGGAAAUGGAAGUCUGUAAGCUGCCAAGACUGUCUCUGAAUGGGGUCCGGUUUAAACGGAUAUCAGGGACAUCCAUAGCUUUCAAAAAUAUUGCUUCCAAAAUUGCCAAUGAGCUAAAGCUGUAACCCAGUAAUUAUGGUGUAAAUUAAGUAGCAAUUUAAGGUGUUUUCCAGAACACUGAUGGAAAUGUAUAGAGUAAUAUUUAGGCAAUAACGUCUGCAUCUUCUAAAUCAUGACAUUAAAGUCUGAGGACGAGAGCACGCCUGGGAGUGAAGGCUGGCCUUUUCUACGAAUGCACUACAUUAAAGUCUGUGACCCCGUGCCUCUGUCUUGUUUGCAUUGCCCUGGGAGUCAGAGUGGACACUGUCUGCACAUGACUCCCAUGUGUGGUGUGAGUGGAUGGUGUGUGUGGGGAGGAAGCACUGUACUGGAGACAGCUCCUUACACUGGCAGCCAGCAUUACUAGUGCCUCUGUGGGAGAUCAUUUGGUGCUACAUUACAAUUGCCAAGAAGGAAAAUACUGAAUUACUGCUAAGAAUUAACCUUAAGACUAGUUGAUAAUUAAUACAGGUUUACAGUUCA